CGCGCGCGCCAGUACACGUUGUUCCGGUUUCGGGUGCGUUCGCUGUGUGUCCCUCCUGCUUGGCCAGACGGUAACGACAUAUAUAUUAUCAUAAAAUAAAUAAACAAAUACGCGUAUCGGUUGUGCCGGCGACGGGCUGUCUUUCCCUCCCCUCGAUCUCUCUGUCUCGUCCGCUUUGCUAUUACAACAUACAAAACGAACAUAGUACCAUCGUAUUCACACGCCCGACGGUGACGACUAUGCGAUCGCUGCACGCCAUCCCGGCGCACCCACAGCAGAAGCUCGUCCCGUCGUGACCACUCCCGAGCGCGCGCGUGCAGCAUAUAACAAUACGAGUAUAGCCCAAGCCAUCGCCGAUACAACACACCGCCGUCCCGAGGGUUGAUCGCCGCAGCUGAAAACCCGCCGCCGUCGUCCCAGAUGCGUCCCGCCGUGGUGUCACUCGGCCGACCGCCGUCGGUCCGGUCGCCGACCACCGCACUGCUGCUGUUGGCCGCGGCCGCGCUGCAGCUUCCGAACGCCGUUCGGUCCGUCGAGUCGUCCGCCGAUCCUAAACUUCAAUAUAAAGUGAAUUGUGACGAUGAAUACAUGACCGUCGAUGUUAAGAAAACUGAUGAUAUUAAAAGCAUUUAUUUGAACCAAAUGAAAUUUUAUCCAGAGCUUGCUUGCCAACCAGUUUUCGAAAAAAACCUCAUUCAGUUUAAAUUGUCUCUACGAGAUGUGUUCAAAUGCGGACUAACGAAAGUGACCAAUCAAGGAACUGGUACAGUUACGUACUAUCAUCAGAUAGUCAUAGAGAAAGACGGUAGCAACAACUAUGAAUACAAAUCUUUCAUAAAUGUAAAGUGUUGGUUUUCCGGAAAUAAAAAUCACACAGUGGCCAAGAGAAACGUGCUACCAGCCGGAUUUCAAGAGCCAGAGGACUUGGAGAUAACUACUUCGUUGACGGAAAACGCGCCGAUUCCCAUGCUUAAGGUGGGCGUACGCCAGGGCGGUAGUAUCGUGAACGGUGAACUCAACGUUAACCCGGGUACUCCGUUGCAAAUGGAAAUAUAUCUGGACAAAGAUAGUGCCCCAAUUUAUGGAUUGUUGGUAAGUUACAUGCAAGUGACGGACACCAAAGCGCAAGAAGAAACUAUCAUAUUCAAUGGCUGUUCAGUGGAUCCAUAUUUGUUUGAAAAUUUUAAUACGGUGGACGGCGAUUUCUUGACCGCUAAAUUCAGGGCGUUCAAGUUCCCCGAGUCAACAUACGUGCAGUUCAAAGGAACCGUUAACGUCUGUUUAGACAAGUGCAGAGGGGUGGAUUGCAGCAACGGUAAAGUGGGCUUCGGAAGAAAGAAGCGAGAAAUUAGUGGUAUUCCACCAGACCCAAAUAAGGUGUUUGAAGUAUCUAUGACCACUUUCAUUAAAGUCGAUUACAAGAGUGAAAUGGCCCGAGAAAAAGUGAAAUUGGAAAUCGACACGACCGCGGACGAACGGAACCAGACCAACUCCAACUCGCUGGACGUGAGGCCCAAGGGCGGCGCCCGGAACGCCGACGGCACCAACCACAUGGGCGUGGACACCGAGGAAAUCCGCGAGGAGCUCAAGUACACGCUGCUGGAGACCAACGCCGGCCGCACUCUGAUGUCGCACUACGCCGUGGCCACGGUGGCCUUGCUGUUGGUGGCCAUCGCGCGCGGCGCGAUGAUGGACGUCUGAAGAACCAGCCCGUCCGCCCGCCGUCACACACAACUAACCGCUCUAACCUUAUUAACUUUUCUUUUCUUUUUUUCGUGAUUUAUAUUAUAUAUUUUAUUUUAUCUAUAAUUAUUAUUAUUAUUAUUAUAAGUCAUAUGAUAUUUAUACUAAACAUAAUAUUAUAUACAACAUCGCCUCUAUUACCGCGCUCAAAACAAUAACCGUUUGAAGCCUAUUCAAAGGACAACAACAUUUUUGUGUACUUACAUUUUUUUUUUUUUUUAUUAUUUAUUUAUUUCCCGCCCCGCCCAGUAAGCUUGUGUGGGUGAGAAUUUGUGGAAUUUUUAAGAAUCUCCUCUACUCCGAGAAAACUAGAUUAUGUUCUUUCUUUAAAUAUUCAUAAAAUAUUUUAAAUUGUAUAUAUCCUAAUAGAAAUAUGACGUAGCAUGUCCGUCAUCAAUCUUCCGUUUAAACACAACAUACUUCAACCGCAGACUUACUAACUAUAAAUUAUUGCACCUCAGCCCAUUAUCAUUGAAAAUUUCUCAGAAUGCUUCCGAUAUCAUCAAACAAUCGUAAAAUAAUACGUUUUCGAAAUAAAUUCAUAACAUGGUGUUUUGAAAAACCAUUAUAUAUUAUAUAGUUACAUAAUAAUUAUACAACUUAUUAUAUUAUUAAACUUUACUCUUCUAAUUAGUUAUAUUUGAACGGUUAUGUUGAUGAUGAAAAAGGCUUUUUAAUAAAAAUAAAAAAAAUAACGAUAACCUAAUAAAACAACAUCUAAUAUUUUUUUAAAUAAAAAACUCACU